AUUCACAGCCCUGACUUGUCGAUAACAUGCAAGCAGUUGAGGCUUAAAGAGGACAGUGUUCAAGGGAUCAUCAAACAAUUGGGUUCUGACAACGGCGAUGGUUUGGUGUCGCUGGAACAUAUACGAGAACAAGUUUUGAAAGCCAAAGAAUUUGAAAAGCCGAAUGUGACGGAGGAUAUCUCAAAAGACGAGAUUAACACAAAUAAAAUGAACGAGAAGUCGACCGGUAGAGAGAGUUGGGAAAUCGACAGCGGUGCACAUGAUUUAAGCGGCGACCCAACUCUUCAACAGAUUAUGUCUGUGGCCAAUUCUAAGGGACAGUCUCGAUCAAGUAAUUUCUUGGAGUUAGCGAACACGGUGAGUUGAUCAUUAAGUGUUUUUGCAAUCUUGUGCAAAGUUUAUUUUCCCCAUUUCAGGGUAUCUCAUGCACACUUAGUUUGGUUUCUGUGGGUGUGAAUAUUUAUAUUGCAUGAAAGCGCGUACACUUGGUUGAUCAUUUCCGGAAUUUUCAAUGUUAUCCGCCGACUUACAGUGUUUCUUCUUUCGAUUCCUUCUGUGUAUAGAAAAUUAUCUGAUUGUAUACUAAAUGGUUUUUAGUUUGUUUGGUUUCUCGCGCGGUAUCGAAGCACCGGCUCGAUUACUGAAGCAUUUUACAUUUGCAACACACAUCGUUCAUUUCCACUAUGAAAUCGAUAUCCACUUCUUCCAUCCUCAUUCACAAAUCUACUUUCAGCGGUUACAGGAUAUUUCUUAAUCCGUUCUAUGGUACUGUAUUUCAAAAUGUAGGUUCAUAGAGACUGAAAUAUUUAAACAGCUGUGGGAUACCUUGUUCCUUUGAAAACACAAACAAUUAGCAAACUGCGAAAAAGAAUAGCAUUUCUUUAACCGAAAUUAUGCCGUCUUGCAACUAGUAAUGAUGGUUUUUAAUUUGUGAAUGCCCAUUUAAGUCUUUGUUUUGGCGGUUUUACUUCGGAUUUGACCAACAAAAUUGGUGGUUUGCUAAAGCGGAAUAAGUGUAUUUCAUACUGGUGCGGUAAAAAUAGACGGCCAUGAAGUGGGUGCUGGCGCUCAUUACACAAUCCAAAUUAGAAUGAAAAUUGUAUCAAAAGAAGUCGAUCUACUUCCAUUGUAGCGAACAUAAGAAUAAUCGGAGGUUCCUUCCUACUGCUUAUACAGUAUAAAUUUAUUGACUCGUGAUCAUUUGUUUCCAUUCCAACAAAGGUAUAAAUGAAUGCUUGAGUUUUUAAUCUGACGGGUCAUAAGUUGCAUACAAAAAUAGCAUGUGCGUGUAACAUUUGUAGACCACAAAACGCCGGAUUUUGUCGACAAUAACCCAAUUUUUGAACUUAAAUGAGGUUUUCGUCAUGUACAAUCAAAAGUCAAUAAGUUCGAAAAUUCUUAACAUCUUGAUAUUUUUAAUAUGCUUAAACAGAAAUUAAAGUCAUUCAAGAUAAAAAAAUCUUUAAUUUACGCUAAUCGCACAUGUUUUACCCGCAGGAGUUCGUGUCAAAAAACAAUAAAUUUAGACUAAUUAAUGAAACUGAUUAAUGUUAGACUGAUAUUUUUGAAGAAGAAACUGUUAAGCCUUUAACGACCACUUGGUUUCUGGAAUUUUUCUAUUUUAAGGGAUCGAGAUAAAUUUUGCGUUUUUAGUGGAAAUUCGGUCAAUUUCUAUCGUUGCCAAGCCACUGAAUGUUAAAUAUUCUCUGUCAACAUAAAUCAUGAUAUUUCUGACGUUUUUUUGUCGAGGCCACUAAACUCUUGUGUUGGAAUUUAAAGUCUGAUCUAAAAAUGAAGCAUUUCUAUUUUGUACACGCUGUUUUUCAGUUUUGAAGCUGUUCAAAUUUGUUUUUGCUACAUCCAGUUUUACCUGUAUAAUUUUGUUUGAAAAUAGCAAAAAAGAAACAAAGUUAUAUACAAAUAAUUUGUAUAUAACUUUGUUAAUUAUUAACAUGUUAAUGCAAAUGGCAUUUGGAAAAUAUGAAGUCCAAUACAGCAGGUUGAAAAGCGUGGAAUUCCUGUUCCUGUCUGUUCAAUAUGCACCUUAUGAAUCUACAGUUUUAUACCUAGAGAGCAGUGGGACCGAGGGCUAAGGGUGGGGACUUUGAUUUUUGUUACUAGCCUCAGUUCCGAUAUUUCUGUAAACUUUGAACAAUUAUAUUGGCCCCAGGGUGGUGUGAAGUUCGAAUCAAAUGAACUUGAAAACAAAGCAAGUUAUCAUCAAAGAGUUUUACCACUGUGGGAAGUUUUGAAAAUGUUUGAACUUCAGCUUCAACUUUAUUUAUUAAAAACAGUAUUACAAUAGACUGGCCCGCAAAAUAGCAAUUGCUAAUCUAGGCGGACCAGUUAAAAGAAAAAAUAUAAUGAAAGGAAAGUAAGGAAAAUUUGUUAAGUUACAGUAAUUCUUAUUUCUGUCAUAGUUUUAUUUUAAUUACCAUUACAUCUAAGGAAAAAUGAAAAAGGAAUAUUGAUGGAAAGCGGAAAGCAUAUAAUUUUAUUCGGAAAUUACUUACCUUUUAAUCCAACUUUUUCAAGUAUCAGUGGCGUCUUAAUACAGUCAUUUUCUCUUUUUAAGAUAUCGGAAAGCAAUCCAUGAAGUACUUUCGAAAAUUCUUUUUUAGGAAGAUGUCUAAUACAUACAUACGUACGUAUUUCGUAGAGCGCUCAAUUCAAGGCUCAAAAUAACGGACAGCAGGUCACCGGUCAUGAUCACCGGCUCAGCAUCAUUGUGCGGCGGUGUCGGAAGUCUCCAAGGUUUGUCCUAUAUCUGCAUAUCGGUGAAACUUGAUCCUUUUCGCUGUUCGGCACGUGAUCGAAAGUCUCCUCCACAAAGAAGAAUUUCGUCGCUAAAUAUUUGCGGCAAAGAAGUUGAUUUGGCAAGAAAUUUGUUCCGCAAACAGGGUAUUCGUCAUCAGAAGUCAAUAAAUAUACAGGAGAGCUUUCGUUUGGGUCGUCACGCAACACUUUAUCGCGAACGGCUUAUCAAGAGGGAGGAUUUUAAGCGCCGAUAUAGCAGAGAUAGGCGACGUUCGUUCUCGAUUAGCUUAGUUUUUAUCAGACAAUUCUAGAAUCGAGUCUGCAAAUGAGAUUAUGUUCGACGUAAAGAAAUUUUAUAAUUAAUCGAUGCGCUGAAAUUUAUUCCCAGAGAAACAGUACAGGACGAGCGAUCGAUUAGCCCGAAUCCCAUCGAAGGUGAUUUUCACAAUCCUGUUACAAGUAGAUGUGAAACGUUUGAUGGACAAAAACUGUCACUCAUCCUUUAGUUUUCUAAAAAAUAACAGAUUAUUGUUAGCGAAUAUUUUCCCAAAGAAGGUCGCAUUACUGAUCACAGCAAAGCAGAACGUUUUUCUUUAAAGGGUUUAGCGCAAAGCAGCAAAAAAAGCCAAAGAAAGCAGCGAAUUACAGCAUUAUAGAGCAAAACGCAUUAAGUGACAAGCAUCCAAAAAUGACCGGCCAGACGAGAGUUUGACCGGUCAAGCCCACGAUCAGGCCGGACAUGGUCCGUUGACCGGCCGUUAUUUUGAGCCCUGCAAUUCAUUUAAUUGAAGAGCACUGACUAUUAAUAAUCACAGGAGUUCAGGCUUCAGAAGUAAUCAUUGAUUGUUUAUUGCGACAGGGCUGUUUCGAGAGUAACGUAACUAAGACACAAUCCAUCUUUUACCUAGAUACAAUCUCUGAACGCAUCCCUUUAACAACCACGCAAAUUUUACUGCCAGCUUUUAAUUUUAACGGUCAAUCGUUGAAGUUGCCUGAUGAGUGAGGUCCUACAAUUUCAGACCAUACGAAACAGCACUGUCGCAAUAAACGAUCAAUGAUUACUCCUGAAGCCUGAACUCCUGUGAUUAUUAAUACAUACAUACAUACAUACAUACGUACAUACAUACUUUAUUAACAUGACUAACACUUAGCUAUAAAGCUAGCUAACAGCUCAGUAAUGAAAAGAAAAAGAUAGAAUUAACAAGCCUGGAAACUAUAUAUAAAAGUGGUUAAAAUGAUGUAGUAAAUGAGAAACUGCAUAAAAUUAUAGAACUAUUAAACUUAUAUACUAAGAAAACUAGGUUAAAUUGCGAAUAAGGGUAAUAUGACAAGGUAUCUCAUUCCAGAGUUUUACGCCAAAACAAGACAAGGAGUUUUUGUGUAUUCCAGCUUUGAGCUUUUAAAGUGAAAGUUCACAUUAAACUGGUAACUGUUUGCUUCAAGAGUGUCGAUAGAUUUUGCACUUCAUUCGCAGAGAAUGGAAAUUUCGGUGACUCUGGGUUUCAAGGAAAUAUUUUUUGCAACAACAGCCAUCUCCAAAAAGUGCUGUGAGCAUGGAUACCAGGGCCUGGCCAUUUUGAAGUACAGUGAAACCUCUAUUAAGCAGACCCCAAUUAAGCAGACACCUGCUAUCAAGCGGACACUAAGCCAUGUCCCGAAAUUAACAUCUUACAUUUCCGUUUAUAACGAACCCCUAUUCAGCGGACACCCUCUAUUAAGUGGACACUAAGCCGGGUCCCGAAAUUAACAUCUUAUAUUUCCCUUUAUUAUGAACCCCUAUUCAGUGGACAGUAAGCCAAGUACUGAAAUUAACGUCUUAUAUUUCCCUUUGUAACGAACCCCUAUUCAGCGGACACCUCUGUUAAGCAGAGGUGGACACUAAAAUAAAUUGUAUUUGGCUAAUUUCUAUUGUUAAAAACCUCUAUUAAGCAGACACCGGACUGAAUUGACAACAGUAGUACUGGAUUACAUCCUUGAAACACGUACUGUAGUCGAUUAAUAAAGAAAAAUCGAUACAUUUAGCUGCCAAUAACUGUAGAUGAGACUGACAUCCGGCCGUAUUAUUGUCAUCCGCCAUCAAAGUCUAACCUCUGUAUACAGUAGCUUGCUUAAGAACAUGGAACUCUAUCACAGUACAGAGAAACCGUUGAAUGCCAAUCGUUGACAAACAUUGCACAAUUUUACAAACUAUUAAGCAGACACUUGGGAAGCUCUCAAAUGCUUGUCAAGUUCCACUAGAGCUUGAAGGUGUUUGCUUUUGACCACAUUUUACUUUUCUACCCACCUCAGUUGUUAAACUAGUGAUAAUUGCAAAUCAGGGGAGUGCAUUUGAUAGGGGUGGGUGGUUAGUGAGUGGGGGUUCUUGUAAGAGAAAUCAAAAUCAAACACUUUUCUUAAUAUGAAUAUCAGCAGCUGUCUUUAUCAGUGUCAUUGCUUAUCCUCCCACUUUACAAUGCGGUACUAUUUCAUUUUUCCUAAAAAAAUUAUUUUUUACAUUUAAUUGGCUUAUUAAAGUACAUGUAAGUGACAGCAGGCCAAACACUGACUAUGAUCCCCAAGAUAUUCUUUUGCACUUUAGCAUGUCAAUAAAUUGGCUAAAAAUUGGGCUACAGAAGAUUAAAGUGAUCUGAAAAGUUCAUUGAUUAAGGUGUCAAAGUGUCGUGUAUGACUUUCAAACCCUUGUUGCAUGAUACUGCGCUAACACAACUCACCUACCCACCACUAGUUUUCAAAAACAACUCUCCCAGAAUUAGUGAGAUGACACUGGUCAACAUUUCACCGUUCAACUUCUGGUAUAUUUUUCAAAAAUGGCGACAAAAAAGUGAAUACAAUAGCUGUAAAAAGCGACAAGAUGUAUUGAAUUUGUAAUAGAAUUAAUAUAUGGUCGAUAUAAGCUGAUCUUGCUAGAAUUGAUAAAAACAAAUACAGUGUGCAAAACGCAUUGUUGAUAUAAUAUCUACAUAUUCGAUUAUCUUAGAAUGAAGCUCUUCCUUUAAAAAAUAAACUUAAUUGAAAACUGCGAGAAAAUAAACCUGUAAUUAGUAAACACAAACUCACCAAUGUUUCAUCUGUGAACGAGUGUUACAAAAUAUUAUAUAGACACCAGUUCAUGGGCAAGAAAAACUGAACACAUAUUGAGAUCGAGGAAAAAUGUGCCAGCCAGCCAGUCCAAGAUAGCACCCAAACCAUGAGAUUGCAUGGCAUCCAGAAUGUUGCCCGCUGGACUUGUUUUUUAGUAAGGGUUCUCCUUUGUCAAAUGCAAAAAUAUUUUAGCCUAAAGUAAGAACUUAAAACCGUGAAGUCUGCCCAAAAUUUCCUUUCCCUACCUUGGCCCAUGUCCCCCCUCCCUUAGGAAUAACAUUGAUAGGUGCAAGAUGCAUUUACAAUGAUAAAUGGCUUAGCAUGCAUUGUUGAGUUUUAGUUACACAUGGGAGGGAGAAAUGUAUGUACAUUUUACGUACUUGAUUUUUCAAAAAAUUCCAGCUGUUAUUAAGACUUGUUUGCAUGCACCAAAAUAUCGUAUCUGGUGAAAAGCGAUUUGUUGCUUCAGAUCAUAUGGAUUUUUCAAGUGAUUCUUCAUCCCCCCCCCCCCAAAAAAAAAAAAAAAAAAAAAGAAAGAAAGAAAGGAUCAUUUACCAUGACAAUGUCAUGUCUUAUGGUGCAGGCUAUUUGUUCCACAAUUUUUGCAGCAUUGUAAGGGCAAGGUUAGCUAUAUUGCUACCCAAUGAUUUUGUGGCGAUUGAUUAUUGCAAGAUCACUGUUGAUUUGAACUUGCCUGAAUUUCCGUGCAUCAUCAGUCGCCAGUCAGUCACCGGAAACCUACAUCAGAUGCACCUUACAGUAUUGGCUGCAAAAAGAUGGGAUUUGCAAUAAAAUAUCCACAACGUCGGCACAAGGUGUUAUCAGAAAUCACAGUAAAAAAGCACCACAAAUGUCAUGUGUAGACUGGCCUUUAGAAGGUCAUGCACUAGAAAUUAAUGUUGUGUACCACUGAUUUUUACAAGGGUAACCUCUUGUCAAAAAUACUUUUUCAAAUCCUUUCCUUGAAAAAAUGCUCAAAUGGUGAAUCUUGCAAAGCUAUGUUUCGAUUUGACAUGAAGAAUCCACACUCUGGAUGUAUCUUUCCGGAUGCAUGGUCCAUAUUCAGAUUUCAUGCUAAAAUGAAAAUCUUAUUCUUUUUUGAUUAGGAAAUCCAGAUUAAUUGAAUCUUUCUAAAAAUACACCCUUUAAUUUGUUUUGAAAGUACUAAGAUUUCACUUACACACUGUAAAUAGUAAUGUAUUAAAAACUAAAUACAUUGGUUUUAGGUGUGUGGAGUGGAGGGGUUAUUUGGUAAUAGUACUUGAUAUCUUGUGCACAUGUGUCGUGACCCUGAUGAUUGUUGUGGCUCUGACGAGUGUUGUGACUUUGAAGAGUGUUACGGCUCUGUCGAGGGUUGUGAAUAUAAUUAUAUUUUAGUGCUUAAUUUUAUAGUUGAUUGUGUGUACUUUGUAUUUUUUUAAUCUUAUGAGAGAUCCUUUUUGAAAACCAUACUUGUAUGAAAAAGCUAUCUCAAUAAAGAUUAUUAUUAUGUACUAUAACUGAAAAUUAUUUGGAAAUAAUAAUUGCCCUAUAAAUUACAAGCCUCCUCUUUGUGAAUUGGUAAAACUUUGAUUUAACGUCUUAAAAACAGUAGAUUCAAUUCACAUACAUUUACUUUGGGCAUAAUUAUUUCCAACACUAAUACCUCUUAUCAUUUAAAUACAUGAAGUGUAUGGUUAAUUAUUUGUGACAUUUAAAUAAAGAAAGGAAUUCAGAAAAUCUUAUGUAUAACAGCUUUAUUUUUUAUUGAAAGCUACAUUGAUAAAUUUCAUUCAGAUUGCAUGAGACCACCGUUAUGACUUCUCAAUCAGUCUCUUUAUUUUGAUUAAAAAAAAUAAAUCAUAACAUUUUGUGAAAUAUUUUUGCUGGCUUUAGUUGUACGCAACUAAAAUUAGGGAACUGUUUUUUGUUUUAUUUUAAUUCUUCAGGCUUCUUUUAAGUACAUAACUGCAUGUGUGAAAAAGAAUGUUGCUAAUUGAAAAUAACAUUAUUUAUUAAUUUCCAUGGUCAGUUGGUCAAUGGUAAAUUGAAUUUUUUAAUGAAGUCUGACAGCUGAAUGGUGUUAUUUUUAUUUUGCAAUCCUUUAUUUCAUUUGGCAUUGAAACAUCUUUUGUUCUUGGUAUUAACUCAUGCAAAUUUGCUUCCAAUAUAAAUAGUUUUUUGCUUUACCAAAUGCUAAGUGGGUGUGUGUGGAUCAAUUUAGAGGAAACUUUACAAAAUCUAUUGGCUGUCAAGGGUUUUUUGUUUUUAUACAAUGAUAUUUGAUUUCAGCCAUUUUAAGCUGGUGGUAAUUUUCAAGUGUUUAAGUGCAGCUUAUGAGUCAUUCUGGCAUCUGAAUCUUCAGUCCUGUUAUGCACUUUAACUCAUGGAAAACUCGCGUAUGACACUUGACAGGUUCUGUUGUCAAAAUUUCCGUGGGUGAAAAAUGCAUAAGAUCAAGGUACACAUUCAGAUAUCUAUCCUUAAUUAAUUUUAGUUACCUUUUUGGUUGGGUUGUGAAGAAGAAGAAUCAUGAAUGUAGCUAUCUGAAGGUUGUAAACCCAAUGUGUAUUCUAAUUUGAUUCUGUCUGCUAUGUUUGCAGUAAUCUAUUAUUUAUCAUCUUAGUGUUUGACUGAAAUUUAACAUUGUCACAGUUGGCAAAGAUUGCAGUGUUAGCUAGAGCAUGUGCAAUGUUAGUUGAUCAUUGAAAUGUCGAGUGAUAGGAAGUUACAUAAGAAUUCUUGUGGGUUAAAGCUCACUUUUUUGUACGAAUUUAUCAGUGUAACAAGAUUGAGUUCCUUCAAGUUAAGUAAAAUGUUAUGUGCAAACAAGCUAACAGUUACUUAAGUAAAACAAAAUAUUCAUGUGGUCAUAAUUUUCCCUCUGAUUUUGCGGCUAAACCAUUGUUUUUGCGUUUUAUGUGAUUACAGAAUUCUUAAGGUCUUCCAAAAUCCUCUAAUGGUGGUGUUUUUGGUUUACUUGAAUAUUAAAGCUUUCUGGUGUAUUUUACAUGUGCAUAUAAAGUUGUUUACAUUUACAGUGCUAUUUAGCACAAUAAAUGAAGACAAGUGUCUUAUGAUUUUAUCAGUUUCUAGCAAUAGGUAUGAUGAAUAAUAGUUGAAAGUAAAUGGUUUUAAAUUGUGUAUAGUAGGCAAUCAAUCCUAACCUGUUACAAUUUGUUGUCUGAACAGACAUACAUGUAUUUUUUUAGCCUUUUUUUUCAUCUUUUACAUUAAAAUUUUACUUGCUCGUUUGUACUUCUAUCAGUUAUCUGUAGCUAAUUCUCAAAUGUCCUGUUAGUUGAAAUACAUAAAUUGUCAGAUUCUUAUACAGUCAAACUUGAAUUACACUGUUCCAAGGUGGGCCCCUCAUUAGGCAGGGUGAGUAGGUCCGUAACUUUUUUCAGAUAUUUUGUGUAAAUUGAGCUUGUAUAAGAGGGUGAUAGUGACAGAAACCUGGUACUCAGAUGGAUGACUGAGUUAUUUUUAAAUGUUCAUAAGCCUUCUACUGGAAAACAACAACAACAACAUCUUUUAUUUUAACGCGAUAGUUUUACAGCAUAGCUGAUGUGGCAGUGCAUAAUGUAACUCAAAUUGAAUAAAUAGCAGUAGCGAGAAGAGACCAAAAAUAUUUACCCUGCUGAGUUUGCGCAAAAUUAUUUACAUUUUACUGUAUAUUUACAGGUUUCUAUCUAAAGUUUUCUAUUUACAAUUUUUCAAGUUUUACAUGUACUUUCUAUUUACAAUUAUAUAAUUGCAUAUGGGUUAUCACUAAUUUUAAGCCCCUCCUUGUAGGUGGCUAAGCUUUGCUUCAAGGAGGGGCUUUUAAAAAAGCUUAAUUUGUUUUUUUAAGUAAAGUCAGAGUGCAUACUGUUAAAGAAUAGCCUUUCUUCUGAAAGUCUGACCUCUUUUUUUUUUUUUGAAAAAAUGUUUUGUUCACCCAAGUUGGAAAUUUCUUUCAGAAAUGCUACUACGAGUUUGGUGAGAGUUAACUAAUUAUUUUAAAACUGGAAACAAGAGGGUGAUUAAAAUUAAACUGGGGUGUUAUUUAAAGCUUUUCUUAAACAAGUUUAGGAUUGAAAGACUUAAUUGUUUUCUGCAUGCUAAAUUUCAUUUGGAUCACGAGUUAUGGGGUAUAGGAAGUCAUGUGAAAUUUUUCCAUCCGUCACAUUGCCAUUAUGAUUGGCAAACCUACAAUCUUGUUUAGAAUAAAAUUGAAAAGCAAGCCCCCUUCCCCUAGUCUUAAACUAAAAUUACCUUUAUAGGUAUUGUUAUUGAAACAUGAGAAUGGAAUCAUGAUCUAUCUUUUUGCUCAUGCUUUUAGUUUGUGCCUAAGCCAAGGUCUGACAGUUCCUUUGAAAGGUCGUAUUUUCUGUUUCUGCUUGGUAUUGACUGGUAAGAUAUUCGGUCAUGUCAGUCAUAGACAGUGUGCAGAAGACCUGUGUCCAUAAAGCAAAGUUGACGAUAAUAUUAAUAUGUGAUAGUUUGUGAUGUGAGACACAAGUGUCUGUUGUUCAUGUUAACUGGUGUCCAUAUUAAGCAGGUUAAUUUUAGAGAAAAUAUAGGAACUUUUUGUCGGACAAACAAAACUGUCCUUUGUAUAUGGGUGUCUAUGUUAAGCAGGUAUCCGCAGAGCGGGCUUGCGCUUUAUUUUGUCCAAGACUGUAGUUACACUUUCUCUUUUUGGUCACUUGCUUAAUUGGCUAUAUUGUAUGGUUUCAAGGGGCACCAUAUCUUGCCCUUCAGUUAUAGUUACAGUGUUAUUAAAGCUUAUCAUUCGGGAAUGGUUUAAAAUAAUUCUGUUUCCCAGGCAAUUUCGUUUUUACUUUUUGCUGUAAGCAUUUGAUAGGAGAUUAUUAUUAACUUUUUUCAUUCUCACACGUACUCAUGGAAUAAUUGAGACAAAGAAAUUUUAAUAGUUUGAUCCUUCUUCUUUAUCAUUUUCCUCUGGCACUUGCAUUCCUCAAAAUAUUUAUUUAUCACCUACUAAUUGCAUUAAUCAUAGAAUCUUGAUCUCAUUAUAGUUCUUAAUCAUCACAUAAUACCAUGCCAGAAAUUGGAAGAAGGUGCUUACUUGUAAGAUCGGCCUAAUUAAGUUAUUAAAAAGCAGGCAUUAUACAAAUGUACAUGUAUGAUUUUAGUGUACUGUUGCUCUACAACUAAAAUACUGCCAGGGUACUUAUCUGAUCUAUUGAUUUGCCUUAUUAUCUAUUAUCCAAAAAUCCAGCUCUCAUUUGCUUACCAAACUUUGAAUAAAAAUUUUAACCGCCUAAAAUUUCAAGAAGCUUGUCCUACUACAAACACCCUUUAUCCUACAUGGAUAUUAAAACCACUCAGGCUGACUUUCAAAACUGUACAUGUAGGUUCUUGCAUGGGGUUGUGUUUUUUGUUUUAUCUUGGUGGAAGUCAGGUUGUUUCAGUUUUUAAUUACAAUAGAUCGCAAUAGUUUCAUAUGCAAAAAAAAAUCCUUGUGCUAAUUCAAUUUUUUAAAACAAAUUGCUUCCAUUUACAGUGUAAAAUAACCUGUGAAAUCUUGUAUGCCUACAUAUUUUUAAACUCUAUUAUUAGGUAUUAUGCCUUGGUCUCCUGCGGGGUUGCACACUUAUGGUCAUACAAGUCUCCUUUUGUACUUAACCUUUGCCUUCCUAAGUUAAGUAUAAACACCAGCAUUCUGGGCAAACGUUUGAAUCUGUCUGAGAGAUGAAUCUGCCGUGUUUUGUGCUAUGAAAAUGUUUUAGUAAUUUAAGGAAUGAGAGGGUUUCUAUUCAUAUUCAUCUGAACAAAAACUAUUUAACAGCACUAAUCCCUGGGGGUAUGUUUUUUCAACUAACUAAGUGUAAGAUUCAAAUGUUGCCCAUAAUUACUCUAUAGCGCUCUUAAUACAAAUUUGAGACUUAAACUGUUGUUUCAUUUAAAAGCAUUUCUUUAUAAGUCUUAAUUAUAUAGUUUGCUCUUAAUUAUCUCUCUAAAACAGUUGAAUUUAAUUAGUCUUUUUAAUUAUUAUGGCAUUGUGAAGUAAGGUUUGUUCAGAAUAUUGUGGUUUCCUGUUUUUGAGAGUUUCUGAGGGAGAGAUAUAAUUGUUCCUUGUCCCUAGUGUAGUGCUUUGUGUCGGUUAAAUUUAUGUUUUGUGAAAUUCAUCUUGUUUUUUGUAUUAUUUAUACUGUUACUGAACCCCUUUUAAGCAUAAAUAUUCCCUCACCAUGUUCUUAAGGUUUCUGUGUUUGGUGCAAGGUAGUAUAGUUAUUCUUUAUGCUCAAAGCCUCAUUAACAUUCUGCAUUCCUUGCAAAAAUGUGGUCAGAUACUAAACUGUCCUGCCUUUCUGUUUUAUUUGUUGUGGGAUUCUUUCUUCACUGUAAUUUCAAAUAUUUUGCAUACAUUGAAAUUGUGUUUGUAAAAAGCACAUACUCAAGCAUGAAACUUGAUAUAACACCAAGAAGGUCACCUCUAACAACACUUGAAAGUAAAAUCUUGAAACGAUUAUUUUUGUUUCUAAGAGGAACUGUUUUUUUCUCUUAGCUUCACCUAGCAGCACUGGCUUCCCUGAAAAAUGAAAUUGUGGAACUCUCAGGAAAAGUUCAGCAAUUGACAGAGGAGCGAAAUCAGUUGCAGACAGCACUUGAUCAGGCUGCUCAAGACCGUAAAGAGCUAAUACAUGAUUACGAAGACAGACUUAACUCCCAGGCCCAACAGAGUGAACAACACAUCACAGAACUGCAAAGUGUUAUCGCUGAACUUAACAAGAAAUUGUCUCAGGCUUCUGUGGACAAGUUUGAUGAGUCUGAAGAGCAUGAGAUAGAAUCACAGACGUCAGAGCAUGGUAAGCCUAAAUAAUUGCACAUGGUUAGGUUUAUAUCAUUAAGUGCAUUAAUAUUUAAAUUACAAGCUUAAAAUUCUCAUCUUGAAACCUGUACUGAAGCUUUUAAUUAAUCAUUGAGCCUUUGCUGACAGAGACCCAGCUAUGUAAACCCAAUUAAUUACCGGUACUCCCAAACAGCGUAUCCUGAAAGUAAAUUCAACAAAGGGCCAAGAGCUGCAGCCCACCAGCCAUGCAGCAAAAAGUAUCGGGUGUUGAGUUCUUAAUGGCUUAAUGAGGUUGUCACAAUUGUUAGUGAAUCAUCCCUAAACCAAACUUCAAGGGAUUUUUUGUUUGAUGUUUUAUAACCCUAAGCCCUGAAGCCAAGUGUGAAUUUUAAUAUAAUUAUUUAUGGUCUAUUGCCUUGAAAGUUGUUGUUAUUUAUUUUAACUUAUAUCUGAUUAAUAAUUGAGUAGGUCUUAAAGAAUAAACAAUAGAACAAUAGUGGCCUUUCAUCACACAAACAAGACUCCCUUAAAACAAAUCUUAAAAGACUAAGAAAUUCUUUGGGGGACAGGGGGACAUGUAUGGGUUGGCCUGGUCAUAAACAGAAAAGGAGGACUUUGAGUAAGCCCUGAAUUUAUUUGCAAGGAGAAACUUUCUCUACUUUAAAAGCGGAAAUUGAUUUAUUACUUUUGAAAUUUUUUCGUCACUGUAAUAUCUGUUGUGGUUCAAAUUUAAUCUUUGGUUUGAAUCAAACUGGUUUAAAAUUUUCAAACUGGAUAGAAAUUUUUCAACACAUAACACUCAUACUGUGUAAAAUAAUCUUGUGACAUCAAGGUGUCACAUUUUAGUAAGGUAGUGUUUAAGGGUGCAUUUGAUUGAUUGUAUUUGGAAAAAGAAUACGCUUAAGUUUUUUUAGAAACCUCUUCACUCUUGCACCACGAUGUUUGGAUUACUUAAACGCUUUUAAACAGAUUUCUAGCUAUUGCCAUGCAAGAAAUUCCAAAACAAGGGAUUUCCAGAGUUUAGUCUGUUUACUCUUACUCUGGAAUACAGUAAACUGAACUCGCCCUUAGUUUUUUUAAAAAAUUGUUUUAUUUAAAAUACCCUUCAUACACCCCAGCCAAUUUAUGAGGUUUGAAAUCAAAAUGAGUAGGCUGUCUCCUCUCAGAGGCUUACAGCUGUAAGUGAGCUUUUUUUGAUAUAUUCAAUGGAUAUUGGGAUCAGCCAUAGUCUGCUACACAGCCGUUUUUAGGUCGUAGGGAGGAGCAUUGCGUGACGACACUAAAAACGGCUGUGUAGCAGACCUAGAUCAGCCACUGUGGAGAGCUAGUAUAUGUUGCCGUUAAUUUUUUUAUUUCGGUUAAUUUUUGUUUUUCCUUUGUGUUAAAUUCAUUAGCAUUCAUUACCAUAACCAAAAACAAUGGAAAAGUAAAAAUUAACUGAAAGAAAAAAUUAACGACAAUUUGUAUACAUUGAUUAUUGUGAUUCAUGUCUGACAGGAUCACAAAGUGAAUCAGACAGCCUUGCCUCUGAUGAGGGUGCAAAUGAUGAUAACACAGAUGAUGAGCUGUCCAAAGUAGUCGGUGGGCUGGAAUUUGCUAUAGACAGGCAGGAUACAACUGACUCCAAGCAAGUGCAAAAGAAAGAGGUCACUGAAAGCAAAACUGAGGACAAGAAACCAGUAGAUGAAGAUAACAAGCCGCCAUUGCAUAGUUUACAGUCUGUGAGUUCAGUUCGGUCUCUUCAACUUUUUAAUUUUGCCCGCCUGAGAUGCGGUGCUUAUUUGAGGGUGGCAUUUAUUUGAAUGUUGUACACAACAAAGAAUGUUUUUUUUACUACGGUAUUAUAAUUUUCCGUAUUAAACUAACAGAAUUAAUGUGUUUGAUUUUGAUUAUAUCGGGGCUACUGCGCUUGUUCACUUUUUUGUCCCAAAAACGUCACCUAAUCGAGGCGGCCCUUAUUCGAGUAAAUACUGUAGUAAAUUUACAUUGUAUACUGUGUUAAGUCUUUUGUUCAGAAGUGCAAAAGUGGAAUAUUCCAUGAUCAAGAACGCCACCCAGGUAGAUUGUGCAAUUUUCUGUUUCUUUUUUGCAGCUUGUAAAAACAGAUGUCUCAGGCAAAACAGCCAAGGAGCAUGAAGAUCUUCAGGCCAAGUGCAGAGAGCUUAGAGUUCAGUGUCUAGACCUGGAAAAGAAACGACAGAUCUGUAAGUGAAUACUAUUAUAUUAUAUUGUUGAUCUUUUUUUUGUGAACACCCAUUACAGGCGACCACUUUCCACUAGUGACCACAUACCUUUUAUUCAAAAACAUUUUUAGUAAAAAGAGAUAUUUGGAACCUCUCGUAAACAACCACAUCUUGAGUGGGUCGUUUUAUAAUUUUUUUUAUUUUUUUUUCUGUGAAACUCAGAAAACCGUGAGGUUCCAGAAAUAUUAUUUGUGGAAUGUUAUGGUAUUGCAAGGAAAAGCCAAUCAUGUGUAAGAAAACUAAACCGUACGCAGCAACGCAGGGGUUUCAAUAUGCACCAACGGCCGACGAAACGCGUAGGCUACUUCGCUCAUAGAGGUCGGCUGCUGUUUUUAGAAUAAAAAUAACGUUGUAAAUAAAACAUAUAUCAUAAAAUCUGAAUGAAAACGUAAUUAUGAUGUGAUUUCAUAAUGACCCACUGGUUUUAUGUUAUGUGAACGCUAUAUUUCAGUCAGUUUUUCACAGGUUUACACAGAAUUUGUUUACGUGCAAAGUACUUAAUUUAGUUUUCAUCAUUUCUUCAUUGCUUGUAGGAAUUGAUUGUGUGACUGAUAAAUCGAAGGUUGUAUGAAAGCUACAUUUUCUCGAAUGAAAAACACGCUAUUUUGUCCUCAAUUUAGUCCCCAGAACGCUGAAAAUCGCAUUUUAGGGCUUUGAAAUUUCUCAGUUUUCUGGGGAAACACCCCCCCCCCCCCUAGAAAAAGAUUACUAACGUCACCUUGUUGAUACACUCGGUUACUCUAUUCAAACCUGCUAGCUACUUCAAUUUAUAUUGAAACUCCUUGUUUCUGUGGCUUGCUUGCGUGUCCUGAACUUUUUUGUGACUGGUCAGGACACGAUAGUGAUACCCUGAAAUAAGUGUUCACAAUUUUCUCGGUUCUCUGAGUCAAACCUAGAAAUAUGUUGCACCUGUAACGCUGUUACUGCAAGAUAGUCUGAGAAAUCUUGGCAUUUAGACUGGUCGCUUACGGGAUGUUCGGCUGUAAACGUUUCAGUAGUUAUUUUAGUGUUUUUAAAAUUUCUAGCAUCGUGGGGCCCGUUUCUUGAAAGUAUGGGUAACUUUUUGGGUCCGAAAAAAACAAGAGAAUAAAAUCGCGGGUUCCUAGCUGACAAACCAGUCUAUUUUGUUUUGUUUACUGGUCAAUAAUCUUAUCAUAUUGUCUUCAGAACUAUUAAAAUCUCUGUCUUGAAUGGGAACUUUGUGCUCUUUUUGAAAACCUAUCUUUUGAAUCAUGGUUUAGCAUUUAGCUGGGGAAGAACUUAAUGUUUUUAGUUACGACAUUAUUUCAUUCUUUUAUUGAUCUAAAACCUUUUUGGGUUUAGUGGAGCGCCAGCUUCAGCAGACAAGUUUGAAGGAGUGGGUGACAAGAAAGAAGUCUUCCGGUAGCGCAGGGACACCAGACGUAAGCCUUAUUGACACAUUUGUUUACUCUUGUAAUUCCUUCUCUACCCCAUUGAUCAAGCUUGGUUCAGAAAUCGUGCAAAUUUUCAGGAGAUAAUCAAACACUGGUUUGUUUUUUGUUUUUUGUACCCGAAAUAAAUCUUGCACUUUGGCAUACAGUGGAACCUCGAUAUAACGAAGGGCCAAGGGAGUGGGGAAAUUUGUUCCCUAUAACGAGGUUCUUUUUCAUAUGUUUUGCUGUUACUGGGGUAACAAUAAAACCGAUGACUUCGUUACUUACUGGUUCGUUACAUCUAGGUUCCACUCUAGUCAUAAAUGCAACCUCUAAUGCUUAGAGUGUGAAGGCAAGAAAGUGCAGUGAUCACUCCAGAAAAUUGUUUGUUAUUUGUUGCACUGUUGAAAUUUUGAGGAGUAUUCAGUGUCUUGUGUAUUAUCGGUUUCUUUUCUGUUUUUUUUUUUAGUUUCAGACCUUGUAGGUGUAACUGAAAUUAUGCCAGACCAACUGAUUUUUGGAGUGAAUGCAUGAGUUUACCCUUAACGGGUAUUUUGCUCACCGUGGUCACAUCACAAAAGCCCCAGUUUCUUUCUUUGUUUUUUUGAAGUCUUUCAAACCGAAGUCAAGACCAAUCGGGGCAUUUUUUUGCUUGUGAGCAUAUCCAUAACAAAUGUUGUUUCUAUUGUAAUUUUGUAGGAGCUCCAAGCAGUUACAAGUGAGAGGGAUAAUCUAAAGGCAAAACUCCGAAAAACUGAAGGGGAUUUAGAGCAAGUUAAAACUGAAAAUCAGGGGUUUAGAGAAGAGAGAGACCGGCUCAGGCGUAGGGUAGGUUCCAUUCUUUUUUUUUGUUGUUAAAUCCUUAUCGUUCCAUUUCUCAAUUAUGUCGGUUUGAUAAAAAUGUGUGCUGAAAGCGAGUAAGAAUCUAAAUUCUCCUUGAUGCAAAAUUCCAGGCUCACUUGUGCGAGGUGGGGGAAAAUUUUUGCGAAGGCUGACCAGAAGAAUGAGUUGAGGAAAAAUGACAUCAAUUUUCCUCGCCCAAUUUUCUAACUGGCUUCGCCUAACUUCCACAGCUGAGCCUGCUCGCAGGUUAUGAGAAUCUUAUCUGCUUGAAAUCAGCUUCCCAUUUCUAAUCUAGAGUAAGACCUAAGCUGCAAAUAAUUUUCUUCUUUGAAAGGACUUUGUCCGUAUCCGGCCAAGUCACCUUUUAUGUCGGAUUAAACAAAAAACGUCAAACACAAACAAAUACGCCUUGUGUCUUAUGCUAAAACACUGUACAUGUUAGACGCAGAAUUCGCAGGUAGACUGAUUGUUACCAUAUAUUCACUGCCUGAACAAUGUUAUAACCUCGUUAGUUUUAUUUGUAUGCUCAGUGUAGACUUAAACCAUCUGCAAAAUUAUCGUCUUCACUCGUUCUCGCCCUCCACGCUCGCGAGCUCGUCGAUUUUCGAAAAGAAAAAGAAGAUAACGUCUGUGUGGAGGCUACUAUUAAUGUGAACAUCAUGUUCGGUCUAAGUAAAGAUUUCUUUGGACAUUCUCCUCUUUAGAAACGGGAAAGAACCGGGCCGAGUUAACUUUCGCAAAGACUUCUGGGACGUUGCUAGGUACAGGCAGAAAAAAAUUUGGCCAAUAGCUGAUCGGCGCAUCCUCAGUGACAAUCCUAGAAACAAUUACGGGACACAUUUAGGUUCCAGUUUCUUUUUAUUUCUAUAGUGGCGAAUGGGCCAAUUUUAGCCGGACAUUCUCUUGUGACCGACUGUUAUUGACUCAACGAAUGAUUUCUCUCUUUCCUGCCAGGUUUUUGAAAUGCAGGAUCAACUGAAACUGCUUCAUCAAAAGUCACUCCAGUAUGAGCAACAACAAGCCAGGACACGGGCGAACAGCAUGCAGGCACCUGCAACUCCCAGGUCUCCUAGCACACCUCGCAGAAACACACAACCAUCAAGUAACAGUCAUUCCGCAGUGCGCGUGCUCAGCAGACAAGCUAGUAUGAGUGGUGUCUCAGACGGCUCUCCUAAAGAUAACAGCUAUCUGACAUCACCCCGUAUUGCACGCCGUUCCAGUAUUGAUAAUUUAAGUAUGUCCAGCCAAGGUCGAAAUUCGCAGUCUAUGCCAAACGGACAUGUUCGGAGACCCAGUGGCAGUGGAAGUGUCUGGACAGCUUCAGACGGCAGUCCAGCAUUCCCGUCACGACACGCAUCAGGUAGUGUCCAGUCCAUCUCAAGUCAGGCGUUCUGGAGGCCUGGUGCGACUAGUGAUUUAGGCUCAUCUGUGCACGGUUCAACUCAAGAAAUAACUGUUGUGGCAAAAAUGAUUGACGAUGGAACGCAAGGUAGAGGAAUUACAGGGAUGAACUGUAUUAGGGCUCUGGUAAGUAAUCCGUUUUUUUUUUCAAGUGCAAAAUGGUGCCCGUUUGUAGGGUCUCAAGUAUUAAGGUCUUCGAGAGGGCUGCCCAUAAUGGCCUGGGACAGGUUGAGUUACGAUCGCGAGUCCCGGUCACUUUGAUUUCAGACAAAACAAGUGCUGAGAGACGUAUUGAAAGAAAAUACCAUAAGUCGGAAACUGGAUUAGUUUAGAACUAUUUGUGUGCUUUUAAGGAAAAAAUGAAGACCCUAGACUAAUGCAAACUUCGUAGCAUAAUUUCUUCUGACUGCGCAUCGCCUAUCCUAGCCGUUGUGAGGCAAGUUCUCUCCCGCUUGCUUUAAUAUAUUCUCUCGGCUAAUUGUGAGGAGGGAUAAGCGUCUACUCGUAGUCUUAGAUUUGGGAAAUUAAUAUUUUGUUUCGUAUUCCUCUCUUUUUCAUAUUUUUUAGAGCCAGUUACCAGAGUUUGCAUCAAACAAAAUGCCUCCUGACUUAGUAAAAGCAUUGGAGAAUAGUAAGACUACUCAAGAAGUUUACAAAGCGAUGUUCACUUACUGUGAUACACAAGCAGACAAGAAACUCAAGGAAUAUGAACUAGAAAUUGAGAUGUUAACGAGUCGCUUUGAUCACAUACAAGCUCAAAACAAUGUUAUAUCUUUGUCGUUAGAGGAAAGUAGAAGCAAUGCCGAUAGAAUGAGUGUUUUAAUGGGCAAAUAUGAAUCGAACUGCACCGCUCUUCAACUGGCUUUGAGUUUUUCGGACCGAGUUAUGGAAACAUACGAGGUGUUGUUAGAGUUAUCAGAGUCAGAACAAGCGAGACUUCUCGCCAACUGUCGGGCCGCUGGUGUUAAAACUAGCCUCCAUGGCUAUGCGAAUCCAUCCUCGGAGUCACCUUAUAGACUAAUAUAUACCGAAGAGGGCGAAAACGAAGUCGAGAAUGAUCGGAAACCCGAAGAUGUGGAAUCGUGCGUGAAUCGGAGGCGAAUGGCGGAAAACGAAGCGCGGUUUUUGCUUCAAAAAUUUGAUCGAAAUUUUGAGACACAAAGUAAUUGUGGACAGCCAUGGGAGUCAGUAUCAUCUAACAGUAGAACUAGUUCAACGGGUUCGUCAAAUGACAUGGAGUUCUCCCCUGAAGAGGCUGCGAGAUUAAAAAGUUACAUUCAACAGUUGAAAUCGGAAAGGUCAACCGUCGGUCUUACGGCUAUCGAGUUGGAAAGCGUGCAUGAAGUGGCGCAACCAAGGGAUUUGAAGUUGGAACCCCUGGAUCCUAAAAUAGACUUAGAGAACGCUGUACUCAUGCAGGAAUUAAUGGCCUUGAAGGAGGAAAAAGCCGAAUUAAAAGCUAAGAAUUAUUUAAUUGAAAAAGAGAAGAAAGCUCUAGAGCUGAAGAUUACGUCGCGGGAUGCGCAGGAACAUGCUUAUUUGGUUCAUAUUGAACAUUUGAAGUCAGAGAUGCAGGAUGAAAUACGAAGAAGAAGGAGAUUGCAGAAGGACGCUGGCGUCGCGAGUAGCAAGGUAAAUAUUUGUAUGAGAUAGGUCGUUUCAAGUUAUUUUCCCCGAAGUUUUUUUGGGGUAGAGAUCAUUAGUUCACCGCAGAUAUCCAUAUACGGCUCAUGCGCAGUAGAUGCGAGGUUCUGCUUUAAGUUCCGGUUUUUGGUGUCUUGCUGUGGCCUACUGCUCUGCUCGUGUGCAAUUUCACAGUAGGUCUCACAUUUCCCCACAUAAAAAAAUUACAACACAGUAAGCAAACUUGUGGAAUAGUACAAUAAUUAUUGAACUCGAUUUUCAAAGUAUGGCCAUCUGUCAGAGUCUUGAGAUCGGCAAAUAAUGGUCCUGCUUGGAUUGGCAAAUCACUGUAUUUUGCUCGGUAACAAUAACCGCUGAAUAGGUGUCUUUAUUGACGACAAAGGUCAUUCUUCGACCGCGGUGUGUUGAGAAGGGACUCUCGCGGGGUAACUCCAAGUUAUUCUACAUCUUUAUUAUUCAGACUCAAAACAAAUCAUUAUUGGUAGCUUUCACUUCUUAUCUGGCCAACAUGGUUCUAAAUGUACUGUGAUGGGGCGGGCGUGGGGUUGUAGCGGUCGCGGGAAGAAGGAGAGAAAAUAUCUGCUUCUUAAGUACAUUUGAUACUCUUUCCAAGGUUGCACUCACCAAGAUGGCCGUGCGUUACAGUAAGCGCUAGAUGUCGACGAUUUUACGGGAAAAAACAGGGAAUAGUCCUAGAAAUAACUCCGCGGAAAUUUUAACGCUGACCCACCCUACGAUGGUAUCCCAUUCCCUAUUUCCCUCGGCCGGGAUAUACCCCCUUCUCUUAUACUGGAGUACAGCGCGUUCGUUAAGUUACUUAUGGUUGAUAUCCAAAGUUUAUUUUACUUUAUUUUUUUGCGUUUUCCGCAGUGUUUCAAAAAACGGAGAGGUAGGGAGGGUUUUUAUUGCUGUGGAAGUAUGACUUUAAUAAAAGUUACAUCCCAACUUUUGCUUUGUUUUAGUCGGACGAGAAAUCAGGAGGCAGUGCCUCUGGAACUCCGUCUAUUACUCUAGCUGAGUUAAAAACAUCCGAUGAUGACAUCCCGCCUGACUUAUAUGAAGCUGCUAGGAGAGAAAAGAAGCUCAAAGCCAAAAUUCAGGAGUUGGUAGAAACGCUGGAAAGUUUGUCGAAAAACUCGGAAACAAGACAUCAACAAACUGCUGAAUACGUGGCGGACUUGAAGAAGGCGAACGGUGCUCUUGUGGCAGCUUAUGAAAAAGCGAAGAAAAAGCACGGAGCACGGUUACGGAAAUUGGAACAGCAGAUGAUAACCAUGGUGGAAAGACACGACGCCCAGGUGAGUACCUCUCGUUAA